AUGCGCCCCACCCUUCCCGCGCAAAUGCGGGACAAAGACGUCUUCUCCUUCCGGCGCGCCCUCCCGCGCAUGUCCUGGUCGCCCCAGAACCUGUACAACCUCUCCCGGCGCCAAACCGGCGACCUGACCCGACAAUCCGACUUUGACCAGACGCCCGCCACGCUCUUCCAGCAGCGCUGGCUCUCCAAGAAACUCAUCCGCGCCUACCACGGCGACUUUGUCAACGAAAAGGCGUUCAAGCGCUGGUACUUGCCGCGGACGUUGCCGGAUGUGCGGCCGAGAGAGCCGUUGAGGGUGUUUGGCGAGAACGAGAAGUUUGUGGGCGGGAGCAGGGCCAGGGACGGCAUGGAGAAGGCCAGGAAGAAGCAGGAGGACGGCGCAGAGGAGCAGGGCGAGGGUAUCGCGCCUGUUGGAAGCUUGAUGCUGGCAGAAAUAGAGAGGAGAAUCGACGUGCUUAUAUUCCGUGCGAAUUUGGCGAGGAGCGUGUACGACGCCCGCAGGCUGGUCGUCCACGGCUAUGUCCAGCUCAACGGUCGCAAACAUCCAAACCCGAACACGCGUCUGGCACCGGGUGACAUGGUGUCCGUGGACCCAACCAUGAUUCCCUUCAUCCAGGACAGGCGAAAGGCCAAGGCUGCCUCUGAAGAAGCACCCAAGGAAACCUCUGAGGACGAGGCUUCCACCUCUUCCACACCUGCAUCCACCACCGACGCCUCGGCCCUACACGACAAAUCCUUCCACCUACCGCCCUAUGCCUCGCCCUUCCUCUUCCUCCCCGCCUACCUCGAAGUGUCCUACCAGACAUGCUCCUUCAUUUACGUCCGCCAUCCAACGGCGCGUCCGGGCUACUCCGAAAUCCCCACGCCGUACGAUGCCGACGGUGAUGUCGUGCGUAGGGCUUGGGAAUGGUAUGCACGGGUCAGGCCUAGGAUGAGGAGUAAGAGGCAGAUGGCACGCGAGCCGGAGAAUAGGCAGUAG